CCUACCAGAAAACAACCAUGUCGCCGAAGGGAUCGCUGGUGGCCAUCUUUCAUCUUCUGUUCUACACUUUGUUCAGUUUUGAGCUUGUUCAAAGUGAGGGUCAAAACAGCAACGUUCAGCAAACGAACUUUCAUCGACAAAAGAGAUUGUUCAGUCUCUUCAAUGUUGUUCAGUUCCAGAAUGGUCCAUGCAUAACUGCUUCGGAUAUUGAAACAACUGGAACAUGUUUGAACGGUCAAGAGUGUACCUCUCAAGGGGGAACGUUGGACGGAAAUUGCGCUUCAGGGUUCGGCGUUUGUUGCGUCUUCAUUUUAACGGGCUGCAAUGGAGUGGUCAACCAAAACUGCACUAUGGUUCGGAACAUGGGAUUUCCGGCAGCAGACUCCAACACCGGCCGAACUUGUUCGGUUUCACUAAAUCGGUUAUCGCAAGAUAUCUGCCAAAUCCGGUUGGAUUUUCAGUCCAGAACUGUUUUGCCACUGGGAACUGGAGAAGGUGUUUGUGGUGGAACUGGAGACAGUUUGAAUGUGAUCAGCCCUCACUCCUCCUCCCAAAGCGCCUUCCCCCCGACGGUUUGUGGCACUCUCACCGGACAACACAUGUAUUUUGAGAGCGGAAGAUCUGGCAGUACGGCCGGUCAAAUUAAUAUCGUUCAAGGCACAGGAGCCAAUACUGACAGGCGCUACAACAUCAAAGUAUCGUACAUCGAAUGCGACAGCAUUGUCCGGGCGCCAAGUGGUUGCACACAAUAUUUUACUGACUUGACAGGGACCAUCACGUCCUACAACUUCCCAGGGGGACAAAUACUUGUGGACCAACUCUACACCAAUUGCAUCCGUCAAAACGAAGGUUUUUGCUCUGUCCAAUAUGCAGAGUCGCCAAUUACAACACCUGACCCAUUUGAAUUGACGGCGGACAUGAAAGUUAGGACCGAUUGUGGGCAAGUGAAUCAAAUUUCUAUUCCCAGUUCUGUGCUGGUUAAACAAGGAGCGAAUGCAGACGAAUUCCGAUUUGCUCCCUCCGAGAGAUGCGGAUCGGUUUUUGGAGCCCUCCCCCGGACUGAAAUCCCUUCAACCUUGACUUCGGCCCGGGGAUUGCCUUUCGUGGUCAACGUUCGCACCCGACCCGCAUCCGUAGCCGAUAACGACUUCUCUGGUUUCAGUCUGGAUUACAGUCAGAUUCCGUGCUAAUCUCACAAAUAACGGAUGGAAUAUUUGCUUUGGUUAUUCAAAGCUCCAAUCAACAAUCAGAAUGAAUUUGCAAUGUCAGGACCUAAUAAAAAAGCG